AUGGCUGCGCCCUCACCACACCCCGCCAUUCCCCGGAGAGGCUCGCCUGCGCCCGACUCCCUCCCCAGACCGGCUCUCGGUGCCACGGCCAUGUCCCGCUGCUUUUCGACGGGCUCGACCGUGUCGCACGGUUCUGCAACCACUGAAUCUUCCAAUUUCCGCGAAUCCCUCGGCAGCGACGUCUCUUCUUUCUCCCGACAUUCAUCCGCCAGCUAUCGCCCCGCCGACAUCGAUACCAGCGGAGAUCGACUGCGUCCGAGGGAUUCGACCGGCAGCUUAGAAACACCGAACACUGCGAGGAGCUCAAGCAGGCGUCGGGGCUACAUGCGGCCACAGGGCACCGACUUUGCCGCCAGCGCUCGCGCUCGGGAGAGUGUGCUCAGCUUGGGCAGCAUCGCCCAUCUGCAGUAUUACUUUGCCCGCACAGGCUUGCUUGAUGGCAAAGGGGGGCGCCUAGCCCGAAGACGGGACAACAAGGCCCACACUCUGGACUUAUCCGCCCUGGAUCCGAGCGUAUUUUUGACACCGAAGCCUGGCAGCGACCACGAUUCGAGCUACGCAUCCAUGGGGAGCAGCCCGGACUUGACGGCAUACAAUGGCUUCUCCAGUGUUGUUGGCCUGGGCGCCGGCUCAAUGGUGGAAUCGCCUGUGGAGGAGUACCAGCCGGACCAGCAAGAUGAAGAUUAUUUUUCGGACGAUUUUGAAGUAGACCCGAACAUGCCACCGCCCACUGCGAGCACCUACAAGCAUCGCGAGAAGCCGGUGCCCAAACCGCCAUCAGUCGCCGAGCUGAGGCGCGACCUGACGAGCUCUAUGGACGUUGCCGAAAAGACUUUGCGCGAGAUUAGAAACGCGAAAAUACCGGCCGGGCUCACCAUCAACAUUGAGUCGGCAGAUGCACAGCAAAGCUCCGAGGAGCCGCAGCCCUCCGACUCGCGGCGGCCCUCAAUUUCGACCGCCGGCUGGUAUGAGAUCCAAGGGAUGAACAUCCUCGAUGUCAUGACGCUAGCCAUCCGGGCCGCCAAGAUCUACUACACAUCUCACGACAGGCCCGACCGUCUGGAUGCGAUCAAGUCGGAAAAGGAGCUGCGCGGCGAGUUGCUAUCCGUCAUGGACAUUCUGAAGCGCAUGGCGACUAGGGGUUUUGCUGGCGGCAUGCGAGACGACGAAUUCCGCACCAUGGAUGGCUGGAUUGCCGGCCUGCGCGCCAUGCUGGUCGCCGAGGACGCCAUAGAGGCACAAGAAGUCGCCGAGCGGUCAUCGUGGACCUGGCUCAGGCCCGAAGGCUGGGAGGGUCGCGAGUUUGAGCGCGAAGAAGCAUUCAUGCGCGCCAUGCUCAAGGGCUGUCCCGACCCCAUCGAAAACAUGCCAACCAUCCCCGCGUGGAUACCCAUCGACCUGACGCAGCCGUUAGAAUCACAAACCCUCCCAACCCCGUUCCUUGCCGCACUUUCAAACGGGCAGCGCCUGGUCCAGCUGCACAAUUGCGCAGUCCGCAAGUCUCGCAGGCGAUUCGGCGCCAUCCCCACCUUUUACGCCGACACGCAAAAGCCGUACCGCGCCGCGGAUAACCUGCGCUACUGGCUCAAGGCGGCCGAGCUCCGCUGGGAGGUUCUGCUCAAGGCCGACCCGCUCGGCCUGCAGUACAACACCAGCCCGGCGCUGUGGGUUGAGUUUGAGGACGCCGUGUUGCAGUGGUGCCGCAAGGUGCGCGAGGAAAUUGCCGCGGAGCUGCGGGAGGUGGAGGCGGCGACCGCCGCGACACCUGCAUGA